AUGUCGUCUCAAAAGACCGCCGGCCCAGAGGGCAACGACCUCUUCACUCGCAGCCACCUCUUCGACCUCACCGGCAAAGUCGCCCUCGUCACCGGCGGCGGCACCGGCAUCGGUCUGAUGGCAACACAGGCCCUCGCUGCCAACGGCGCAAAAGUUUACAUCACCUCCCGCAACCGCGAGAAGCUCACCAACACCGUCGAGACCUACGGCAAGAACAUCGCCGGCCAGAUCGUUCCCAUCCAGGCCGACGUCACCAAGAAGGACGACAUUGAGAUGCUUGUCCAGGAAAUCACGUCCCGCGAAAAGGUUCUCGAUAUACUCGUCAACAACGCCGGUGUUUCCAGCUCCCCAGUCGAGGUCGAGAGCGAUGACGCCCAUGACAUGAAGAAGUCCCUUUUUGAGAGCGACAAGGCCGACUUUGAGGACUGGACUGAGGUCUACAAGACGAACGUCGCGGCCGUAUACUACGUGGCCGCCUCGUUCCUGCCCCUGCUGCAGAAGGCCACUGAGGUACAGCAGGGCUGGUCCUCCACCAUCAUCAACAUCAGCAGCAUCAGCGGCAUGAUCAAGAAGUCGCAGCACCACUUCUCUUACAACGCCUCAAAGGCCGCCACCAUCCACGUCAACCGCAUGCUCGCCGAGGAGGUGGCCUCCAACGGCCUCAAGAUCCGCAUCAACAGCAUCGCGCCGGGCGUCUUUCCCUCGGAGAUGACCACCAAGAAGCCAUCCGACGAUCAGCAGAAGAGCGAGAUCCCCAAGGAGAAGUACGCGGAGAAGGUGCCGGCGCAACGCCCGGGCAAGGAUGAGGAUAUGGCGGCUACGGUGCUGUACUUUGCGUGCAAUCAGUACCUGAACGGACAAACGCUUGCUGUGGAUGGAGGAUAUACCCUGGCAGCUGGCUUGUAA